AUGGGGAUCUCUGUUUCACUGCUUGUACUGGUUAGUCUCAUCACUAUUGUAUUCAAUUGUGCAGGUCUCUUUGGUAACUUCAACAUCAUAAUUGCUUUGAUUCGCAAGCCUGCGCUGAGAUCUAAGGCAGGCUACCUGAUGGGGCUCCUCUGCUGCUUUCAAUCUUUCUGUUUACUUUUCGAAUUAAGUAAUAUUCGCAUCUACUGGAGUGAGAUGAUUAUGGGGAAAGGAGUAUGCUUUCGUGUAGUUUAUCCGCACCUCUUCUGUAUGGUUGCACAAUCAUUGAUGUACUUUAUAAUAACUCUGGAUAUGCUUAUAGCCAUUAGUGCUCCCCUCAGACACAAGAUGUGGCCAAAGGUGCCAUAUGUAAUUGUGAUGUGCGCACCUCCAACCAUGUUUGCUUCCACUGCCUGGAUUGGCUCCUAUUUCUACAUCGGAGAGGGAUCUUUUUAUAGUUGUCGCUUGCUUACAGCAGUAUUCCAUGAUGUGGUAAUGCUCUUCAUUUUUAUUCUCAUUGCCGCCAAUACCGCAGCAGUGAUCAUGGUCUUCAGCUUAGUUCUGGUUGUCAGAAGUAGAGAAAAAAAGAUGAGAGAAUCAAAACAUCGGAGAACCUCAAGUUCUGCAUCAUUCUACCUACACACCAAGGAACGGUGCCUCAGUGGCUGCGACAGAAAGUGUUUUCCAGAUGGGUUUCGGGGUCUCGGAGAAGAAUACUGCACUUCAUCAAGUGGGGACUUUCUUGCAGGCUUUUUGCGUAAGAGCUGGCACAGUGUUGUCACAAAAAUCAAGCUGUUGUUCUUGAAGCGAGCCGUCUCAAUUAUGGUCACCAUAUUUGCGUGUACCUGGUACUUAUGCGUAGUUAGCGUAUACGUAGCGCUGAAGCUGAAAAUUCAAGGUAUAUACAUGAACUACGUGAUGACAUUCAACAUGGUGUUAGCGUUCGUAGCUUAUUCUCAAAACUACUAUGUGCUAUGGUUUCGCUCCCCACAAUAUCGAGCUGCGUUCGAGGAGCAGUUACGGUGGAUGAAAUCCUGCUGUCUUCUAUCAAACAACGGAAAUAUAGCUACAGGAAUAAGUGUUGAUAGUUCUCGAAGCAAAUGUGCUUGUGAAAGUAUAGCUUUCUCCAAUAAAGAUUAA